CAAUGUAAUUCCAUAUUCAUAUAUCAAAUGUGAUUGAAAUAUAAAUAAAUUAUUAAGAGAACGAUUGUGUUUCUUAAUUUAUAUUCUUAAUUUAUUGAUAUCGAUUAUAAUAUGGAUAAAUUGAAUUCAUCUAAACGCAGAAGGACAGUUGAUGAUUUAUUGCAAAAGUUUGAGAAUAACAGAAAAAAUACAGCUGAAUCUAUCAUGACAUUUAAUUUUAAUAAAAAACGUGUCCGACUGUUAAAUAAUUUGAAUGAUGUUAAAGAGGGAUGUAAAGGGAUCUUAUACUGGAUGUUUCGCGAUGUUAGAGUACAAGAUAAUUGGGCUUUGCUCUUUGCACAAAAGACUGCUUUGAAAAACAAUGUAGCACUUCAUAUUUGUUACUGUAUCCUGCCAAGAUUUCUCGAUGCUUCGAUACGACAUUAUAAAUUUCUCUUGAAAGGAUUGAAGGAAGUCGAGGUUGAAUGUAAAGCGUUAAAUAUAUAUUUUCAUCUUUUACAUGGAGAACCAAAAGUCAAUAUCCUUGAAUUUGUGAAAGUAUUUAAAAUGGGUGCUGUAAUUGUUGACUUUUAUCCAUUGAAAUUGCCCAUGUCAUGGAUCGAUGAUAUACAGAACGAUUUACCUAAAGAUAUUCCUAUUUGUCAAGUAGACGCACACAAUAUUGUGCCAUGCUGGCAUGCUUCACCAAAGGAAGAAUUUGCUGCAAGAACAAUUAGAAAUAAAAUACAUACAAAAUUGGAAGAAUUUUUAACAGAAUUUCCACCCAUUGUGAAACAUCUAUAUAUAUCAAAGGAAAAGUUUAGAAGCAAUAAUUGGGAAACAGCUUUGGAAAAUGUAAAAAUAGAUACAUCGGUAGAUGAAAUUACAUGGGCUAUGCCAGGAUAUAAACAUGGUAUCAAAGAACUAGAAAGUUUCAUACAAAACCGUUUGAAAAAUUACGCAACUGAGCGUAACAAUCCCUUGUCAAAUUCCAUUAGCAAUUUAUCUCCAUGGUUUCAUUUCGGCAUGAUAUCUGUACAACGUUGCAUUUUGGAAAUGGAGGAAUAUAGAAAAUUAUAUCCAAAAUCUGUUGAAUCUUUUAUAGAAGAGGCUGUUAUUCGGCGAGAACUCAGUGAUAAUUUUUGUUUUUAUAAUGAAAAUUAUGAUCUUAUUAAAGGAGCUCAUGCUUGGGCAAUAGAAACGUUAAACAUACAUCGGAAAGAUAAAAGAGAGUAUGUAUAUUCUUUAAACAAUUUGGAAAAUUGUCAGACCCAUGACGAUUUAUGGAAUGCAUGUCAAAAUCAAAUGGUAACAACAGGAAAAAUGCAUGGAUUUUUGAGAAUGUAUUGGGCAAAAAAAAUCUUACAGUGGACUGAAACACCUGAAAAUGCUUUAGAAUGGGCUAUUUUCUUAAAUGACAAAUAUAGUAUAGAUGGUUGUGAUCCCAAUGGUUAUGUAGGUUGUAUGUGGUCUAUAUGUGGUAUUCAUGAUCAUGGUUGGCCAGAGAGGGAAAUAUUUGGAAAAAUAAGAUACAUGAAUUAUGAAGGAUGUAAACGGAAGUUUAAUGUUAAAGAGUUCGUCGCCAAGUGGGGAAAGGAGAAAAGCGAUAAUAUAUCAAAAUGACUAUCAAUUAUUUAUUAAUGUA